GGCGGUCAGGUGUGAUUCAGCGGCGUACCGUGUGCAAGUCUGUUCGGUAUUGUGAGGACAUGACGCUGAUUGGCUGCCUGUUGCUCACGCAAACCGGAAGACAGAUGAAAGUAGCCAGUCAGAACACAGUGACGUGCGUCUUUUUUUUUUUUGUUUGUUUGGAACGAUCCAUUUCGUAUGACGCAGACAACUGUGGAAGGAGGACGGACAUUUUCUAGCGCUUGGUAUCGAGCUUAAAUUGAAGAAGAAAACGCGAGCGGUUCUGUACAAGAAACGGCUUUUGAAGAACUAAAGUAAAGGAUGAAGGAUAUGUAAAUGGACUGUGCCGAAUUGUGUGCUUGUAUAUGAUCAGAAAUUCGGUCGAAACCUCUUUAGAUUAGAAAUUCGACUCGAAGAUGUCGGCCGAAGCUGCGAGGGAAGACGCCUGUCGAGAGUAUCAGUCGUCUCUUGAAGACUUGACUUUCAACAGCAAACCGCACAUCAACAUGCUGACCAUCCUCGCUGAAGAGAAUCUCCAGUUCGCCGAGGAUAUCGUCGCUAUAAUUGAAGCACAAAUUGCCAAGGCGCCUCCUGCUGAGAAGCUUCCUGUUUUGUACUUAGUGGAUUCCAUAGUGAAGAAUGUUGGAGGACAGUACCUUGAAGUGUUUACUAAAAACCUAAUCACUUCCUUUAUAUGUGUGUUUGAGAAGGUGGAUGAAAACACUAGAAAAUGUCUUUUCAAAUUGCGUUCCACCUGGGACGAAAUUUUCGCCUUGAAGAAGCUGUAUGCAUUGGAUGUUCGUGUGAACUCGCUAGAUCCUGCUUGGCCCAUUAAGCCUUUACCACCAAAUGUGAACGCCAGCAUUCAUGUCAACCCCAAAUUUUUAAAGUCGACUGAAGAACUAGCUCCUCAUCCCACAGUCACUGAGAAGAAUUUGGCAGAGGAACAAAUAAUAAGGCAACAGUUGCUUGCCAAGCAAAAACAGUUGUUAGAACUUCAACAGAAGAAGAUAGAGCUUGAACUUGAACAAACAAAAGCGCAACUGGCGGCCAGUACAAACCACCCACCCCACAAUGGUCCAGUCAAGUCUGAGCCACCAGCUGUGAGUCAGCCAGGUCCUGCACAACACAAGUCACGGCCUCCACCACAAGCAGACAAGCCAUCAAACAGAGAUCCUAGAUUAAACAGAGCUUCCGCCCCAUCCGUAAUUAUAAAGGAACAUGGGCCGUUCAGGAAGGAGAACCAAGGCACACCGCCUGUUGUCAAUGCACCUGAAAAGAGAGUACCUGUACCUCCAGAAAGGCCAAGUAAGCUAAUGAGAAUACCAAAAAAAGAUACCUCUGCAGCUGAUGAAAAAGCAAAGUCCAAGUCGGUGUCACCAUUAAGCAAAGGAGUCUUUCAUAAAAGCAAAGACUCUGAACCUGAGCACCAAAAGACAUUAGAUGUUAAUAAAAAGGACCCAAGGUUGCGAAAGCAGAUGCACGAGAAGACGGAUCUGAAAGAGGAUGAAGUCAAGGAAAAGAAAAAAAGUAAAGAGCGGGAAGACAUUGGCAAAGGCACCGAGCCACAGCGGUCCAGCAACUCCAGAGGCAAGCUAGUAAAUGGGGGUCUCAAUAAGCAUGACCGGUUUGAUACUUUUCAAAAACAAGAUAUUAAAGUCAAUAAAACAAACAUCAGGAAAAGGUCUCGGUCUAGAUCUCGUUCUCCACCUUCGCACUUUCCUAAAAGAAAAGACAGGCGGUCCCCAAAGAGAAGAACGAGGAGCAUCACUCCACCUCCAAAAUCCGGAAAGGCUAGGCAGUUAAGCAAACAUAUCGAAGAGGAUAACCAACAAGUGAAUGUCAGGGAGGAUCGGAGCGCACCAAAGAAGAAUGUUUCUGAGUUGAGGCGGAUAAAAAGACCACUGGAAGAUAGAACUCCUGAGCACAGAGAUGUCCAGCCACAGAGGGCAUUAUCUGUAGAGCAUAAAAGUGCAAAAGACAUCAAGAGAUGGAGGAGUGGAUGGGAAGAAAAUAAACCUCUUAAACAACUCGAUCCAGAUAUCUCACACGGCAAACCUGGGCCACAAAGGCAUAAAGCGUGGAACAGCUAUCAGAGACCACCCCCGAUACCACGGACACUGAAACAGCACCGUCUGAGUGUUGAUGCAAACUUGCAAAUUCCAGAAGUGCUUAAUUCGGCCAGCAAGAGAGAUCUUUUACGAAAGGCUAGCCAGCGAUUGGAUUCUGGCGAGCUAACCCAGGAAGAAUUCCUUAACGUGGCCCAUCAAAUCAAGCAAAUAUUUCAGUAUCAAGAAGAAAGACAGCGCUCUGAUUCUUGGGAGGGAACGAAUGAUGAUGGUGCUUGCACAAGAAAGAAACCCCGUGGUCCUAUGUCUGACGCUCAGCUCUCUUACCUUGAGCACAAGUCGAAGCUGAGAAGAACACAGCUGCAACGCCCAGUUCAGCAGAGUUCACUAUUGAGUGAGAAAGCGCAACAGCAUGGGCCUCAACAAGAGCAAGAUCAUUCAUUCCCCUCAGACGCACUAAAAAAGGGCAGUGACACCUUUAAACCAUUCACAGGGCCUGAUGACCCUAGAAGAAAUGACAGACCACCAUCUCUAACAGGACCCCCUUUUAGAAAUUCCCCAAGUCCGGUCAGUUGUGAUGGAAGCGUUGGGAAAUCUUCAAGUCUGCCAUUUGAAGGAUCAGCACAAUCCAUAGAUCUGGAUCAACUUGAGGACGGAGAUAUCAGUCCCAGGUUCGAAAGUCCUAACAGCGUUCACUCUGAUACGGGGCCGGACAAUGAUGCUCCACUAGGUUUAGAUGCUACUUCAAGGCAUGAAAUUUUGUCUGGACCUGGGAGAGUUGGCCGAAGCCUUAAUGAAUCUCCUGGCCAGACACCGCCUCACGUCUCUGAAGGCCUUAGCACACAAGUAAAUAUGCCAAGACAUGAUGGUGCAAAUGUCCCGCCAAGAUUCGAUGGCCAUAUGAGUUCCCAUUCUCAGUUUGAAGGAACACACAGCCUUAUGGGACAGCCACGACCAGAGGGUCCGUCCAGGCCUCAUCCUCCAGCAAGAUAUGAGGGAAAUGCAGGUCCGGGGAGAUAUGACGGUCCAGCUGCUCACGGUCCACCUAGGUUUGAGGGACAUGGCCGAUAUGAUGGUCCUGGACCACACAGGUUUGAAAGACCCCCACAGCUGAAAGGGCCUGGAAGAUAUGAGAACCAGUCAGUGCCACAUGGGUCGAUUAGGUUUACAGAGCCUCAUGGCCGAUUCGAAGGGCCAGGAUCAGGUCGUUUUGAUGGUCCAGUGCGACAUCAAGGUCCUGGAAGAUUUGAUGGCCCAGGACCCGUGCGGUACAACAGUCCAAUGCAGUCAAACAGAUUUGAUGGCCCUGCAAGGUUUGAGAACCCCCAUAUACCACAAGGCCCUCCUGGAGGAUUUGAAGGGCCAAUAAGGUAUCCUUCCGGGAUGGUAAAUUACGAGGGACCAAGGAGACUUGAAGGGCCAGGCAAUCAGUCAGGCAUGAUGCGCUUCGACAACCCAGCACAACCAGCACCAAUGAGAUUUGAUGGACAACCCUCUGGCAUGCCAAGAUUUGACUCUACACCACAGGGUCCUCCACGAUACCAUGGACCUACAAACAUGCAAAACGCAUUCAGACCACAAGGGCAGAUGAUGAUGAUUGACCAGCCUCAGAAUCAGGGUCCAAUGUUAAAUCCUGCCAUUCCACCCCACAAUUUUAACAUAGGAGCACCUAAUGCCUUUGAAAAUCAACCACUGCCAUUUCACAUGCAACCAAACGUCUCACAGGGGUCCAGCUUUAAUGUGCCAGAACCCACACCUUCAGGAUUUCAGAAUACGUACAGGCCCGUUGGUCCAUUUCCUGGCACUGCUCCUGCAAACCACCCUCAGCCUAUUCCUGUUAUGCCUGCUCCAGUUCAGAACUUUGGACCACCAAACCCAGCGCCUUUCAACCCACCAGGUUCACAGUUUGUACAGCCUGAGAGUCAUCUGGGCCAAAUGGAUGUUAAUGAUCUGAUGGCUAAACUGAUAGACUUUGGAAUAAUCAAACCAACACCAACAGACUCUAACAACGAGUCCACAUCUGUGACUCAGUCUCAGAGUGUACCAGAAGAAGAGGAACAAGAGGAGGAGGAACAGGACGAUGACGAUACUCUCCCUGAUUUGACCGGCUUUGUUGUCGAUGACAUGAAACAGAGACAUGAAAGUGUCAUCACCAAACUGUAUACUGGAAUCCAGUGUUACUCCUGUGGGAUGCGCUUUACUGCGUCUCAGACUGAUAUCUACGCCGAUCACUUGGAUUGGCACUACAGACAAAACCGCUCGGAGAAGGACAUCAGUAGGAAAGUAACGCACCGACGGUGGUACUACAGUCUCACAGACUGGAUUGAAUUUGAAGAAAUCGCUGAUCUCGAGGAGAGGGCAAAGAGCCAGUUCUUUGAAAAAGUUCAUGAGGAGGUUGUCCAGAAGAACCAGGAAGCUGCUAAAGAGAGAGAAUUCCAGAGUGUGAAGGCUGCAGCAGAUGUCGUUCAUGAAUCUUGUGAGAUUUGCCAAGAGCAGUUUGAGAUGUACUGGGAAGAAGACGAGGAGGAAUGGCACCUGAAGAACGCCAUCAGAGUUGAUGAAAAGACAUACCAUCCCUUGUGUUACGAAGACUACACAAAAACCUCUUCCUUUGUGGAUUCUACCCCAUCCCCCAAUAAGAUGCUCACAGAAAACCCUUUAAAUGCUUUCUUAAAACAAGAGAGAGAAGGUGAGGGGUCAUGCUGCAGUAUUAAAGAAGAGCCAACUGAGGGAGACACAGAUGCUGUAACGGUAAAACAGGAGGUUGAGGAUGAGUCGGAAGGAGGGUCACAAACGAUUAGUGCAAUUCCAUUUUAAACUGUGCUGCUGCUUUAAGACCUCCUUCUGUCGCGGUUACUUGAGUUGAGUUUCUGUAGAAAUAUUUUUAUACAGGAUGGCUCUGAGGCAGGGUCCUCAGCUAUGCAUACAUUUAAAUACAUUUUUGUAUUUGUAACUGCCUGCAAUUUUCAGGUGUUUUUUUUUGCUGUGUGAAUGCCAAGUGAAAUGUACUUUAAAAAGAUGUAUGUUGGGGGUAAAUGUAUGUAUAAUUUAAUUUAUAAAUAAAGAAAUAUUUUUGGUAUUCUUUGUGUAAUAUUGAGAAUCUAAAACUUCUGGGUUUAAAUCCUCCAAGAAUUUUUCUUUUCCUGAUUAGGCAUUUGUACAGAUAUUUUGAGAAACGAACAGCAACGACUGACUAGUUUUACAGACGACGCAUUGAUGGUUCUAUAAAGCCCCGUUUCAGUCGUUAGAAGUUCAUACAAAGCAGAGGGUUUCAGUCACUAAAGAUAAAGAUGGAUCUAGUUUGUUUUUUUCCCCCCCGUCCUCAACCUAAAUGUGUAAAUAAAUGCGUGUCAAGCAUAUUGGUUUAACUGGUGUUUUUGGUUCUGGUUAAUGAAAUGUGUUUAGUUUAAUAAGGGGGAAAAAAAAAGAAAAAUAAUUUUUGCAGAGGUUUAAAGAGGUUUGCUUGACAUACUGAAUAUUCAAUAAAGUGAAUCAUCAUUUAAAAAAAGCCUGUGUGUGCAAAGUGUUUACUAGUGUGCUUUUAGAUGUGUUUAUCCUAAAUAAAAAUUUUAGUGUUAAUGA